AUAUUCAAAUUCUUCAGAUUAAUAAAAUAUAGCCUUGACUAAGAAGAAACUACAGCAACAUGGUGGUCACCACAACUACUACAACCACGGCAGCAACUGCCUCUGCAGUAGCAACCACAACAGCAACUGCUACCACAGUUGCCAUGACAACCGCUACUUUGGACUUGCGUGAUUGGCUUUUCCUGUGUUAUGGUCUUAUUGCAUUUUUGACAGAGGUGAUAGAUAGCACUAACUGCCCUUAUGUAUGCCGUUGUGACAAUGGCUUCAUCUACUGUAAUGACCGAGGUCUGACCUCCAUUCCAGCAGAGAUUCCAGAUGAUGCAACCACCCUCUACCUCCAGAAUAAUCAGAUAAACAAUGCUGGGGUACCACCAGAGUUGAAAACAAAGACCAAUGUUCGAGUAAUCUACCUGUAUGAGAAUGACUUAGAUGAAUUACCACUAAACCUUCCCCGGUCACUAAGAGAGCUCCACCUUCAAAACAACAAUAUUCGCAGUGUUACACGGGAUGCCCUUUCUCGGAUACCACUUAUUGAAAAACUUCACCUAGAUGAUAACUCUGUGUCAACUGUCAGCAUCGAAGACGAUGCCUUCUUAGAUACUCGUCAACUUCGACUGCUUUUUCUUUCACGGAACCAUCUCAGCAGCAUUCCUAAUGGCUUACCACACACUUUGGAAGAGCUGAGAUUGGAUGAUAAUCGCAUUUCAACUAUCCCACUUCAUGCCUUUAAGGGACUCACUAAUUUGAGGAGGUUAGUACUUGAUGGAAACCUACUCGCUAAUCAACGCAUUGCAGAUGACACAUUCAGUCGACUUCAAAAUUUGACUGAGCUGUCAUUAGUCAGAAAUUCACUAGCAGCUCCACCUCUAAAUUUGCCAAGUGCACACCUUCAGAAGCUUUACUUGCAGGAAAAUGCUAUCACCCAUAUCCCCUACAACACACUGUCUAAAAUGAGACAACUACAGAGACUGGACCUCUCUAAUAAUAACCUUACUGCACUCCCCCGUGGCCUUUUUGAUGACCUAGAGAAUCUGAGCCAGCUGCUCCUCAGGAAUAAUCCCUGGUAUUGUGGCUGCAGUCUCAUGUGGCUGCGAGACUGGGUGAAAGCUAGGGCUACUGUGGUCAAUGUACGUGGCCUGAUGUGUCAGGGUCCUGAGAAAGUUAGGGGAAUGGCCAUCAAAGACAUCACACAUGAGAUGGAUGAGUGCUUUGAAGGAGGUCCCCAGAACAAUCCAUCCUCUGCACGUGCAACUCCUGCAGUUCCAUCAGUCACUACCCCACCCCAAGGUUCUCUCUUUACACUUAAAUCCAAAAGACCAGGUAUUAGGCUCCCAGAUUCAAACUUGGAUUACCCUAUGGAAACUGGGGCAGCCACUAAAUCUUUGGUGAUCAGUGUUAAGCCGCUGACGGCUGAUAGCAUUCGCAUCACCUGGAAGACAUCUGUCCCAGCCAGUUCUUUCCGACUGAGUUGGCUGAGACUAGGACACAGCCCAGCUGUUGGUUCUAUCACAGAAACAUUAGUUCAAGGAGAUAAGACAGAGUAUUUGCUAACUGCUCUGGAGCCUAGAUCCACCUAUAUAAUUUGUAUGGUAACAAUGGAAACAGGCAACUCCUACUUUGCAGAUGAAUCCCCUGUAUGCGCUAAGGCAGAGACAGGGGAUGUUUAUGGCCCUACCACUACACUUAAUCGAGAGCAAAAUGCUGAUCCCCUUGCUGGAUUACCUUUGGCUGGCAUUAUAGGAGGUGCGGUCACCCUUGUCUUCCUUUUUCUCAUCUUGGCAUCCAUCUGCUGGUAUGUCCAUCGAGCUGGGCAACUAUUAACUCGAGAAAGAGCCUGUAGCCGUGGCAGCCGAAAGAAAGAUGAUUACAUUGAGUCUGGCACCAAAAAAGAUAAUUCUAUAUUGGAGAUCAGAGGACCAGGGCUUCAAAUGUUACCAAUAAAUCCUCACAGAGCCAAGGAGGAGUAUGUGAUCCAUACUAUAUUUCCAUCUAAUGGCACCAGUCUGUACAAAAGUACCCACACGAUAGGUUAUGGCACUCACAGGGGAUAUAGAGAUGCUGGUAUCCCCGACACAGACUACUCUUACACAUGAUGACUCAUUCAUUUUUGGACUUACCAGAUACCUUCCCAUAGCAAAAUCUCGUUUUUUUCCCUGGUGCCCACAAAUGAGUCAUGACAGAGAGUUCAAGUUAAAUAAAUAGAAAUUAAAUAAACUUCAGCUGUGAGACAAAAACAAACAAAACAGGAAACGAGACUCCAUGGGAUAUUUUGUAGGAAAGUAAAAAUACCAAUAUUCAUAUGGCAAAAUGUGAGAAUAAAGAAGAAAAAAACAAAGUAGUACAGCGAGUUGAAAGGGUUAUGGGAGAACUCGAUUACAUUUAAUACGGCAGUUUAAAUCAUUGUAGAACAUGGAGAUAAAUUCAGAGAGAUGGAAGCACUUGGAUAUGAUUUGCAUAUAACCUGAGGGUUCCUUUUUUUCGUUUUCUUUUUACCUUCUGUAAAAUUCAGGGUGAAAAUGAAGACAUGGUGCAAUGAAUAUUUGUUUUACGUCUGUCACCAAUAGAACGUAUAUAUUUUUUUCUCUGCAAGGUUUUUUUUU